GAGUAUUUCUACCAGGUCCAGCGUUCAGGGGAGCAGUAUUUCUGAUAACACUUGUUAGUGCAUCGUAGUUCAUAUUAGUGCAUUUUCACAUUAAUUUAGUCUAAACGAUGACCCAUUACGAAGAAGUAAAUGUCCGCGGGUAUGAUGAAUUCUGUCAGGCUGUGUCUGAAAGAAAAGGAAAAGAUAUUUAUGCUUAUUUCUCUGGCGAUAAAGACGCCCAAGGAAAGAGCUGGUGUCCAGACUGUGUGAAAGCUGAGCCAGUUGUUAGAGGAGAGAUGGCUCAUCUUCCUGAGGGUUCUGUCUUCAUCUACUGUCAAGUUGGAGAACGGGCCUAUUGGAAGGAUCAAAGUAAUGCCUUCAAGAAGACACUGAAGUUGAGUGGAGUUCCCACUCUGCUGCGAUAUGGCACUGUAAGAAUAACUUCUAUUGGCUUGACUGUUUUAUUGACAUGGAUUAGCCUAAGAUGAGACGUACUAUAAAUG